UGACCAGUUAUCCGUUACUUGUUUUAUAGGGUGUUCCUGCACGAAUUAGAAAAAAAACUAAGAGAAUGGAACCUAACAGCCAGAUGGUUGCAUCGCCUUUAGCACAUCUAGCUAUCAUUAGUGUUUCAUGCAUUUUUAAAUAUGUUGAUGAGUGAAAAUGUACAUCUUCGGAUAUAAAUAAUGCAUGCAUUCCUCCAUACACAACUACAUCUAAAAAAUAUGAGCCAAGGUAACCCGAUCAGUCCCGUCUCGCCCUGUGUAACGGCGAUCGAGUUAGUGAACAUGCAAGUUGAGUGUCUGAAUUGAAUAUGAACCUCCAGUUGAGACAGAGCAGAGCGCCACUUUGCUGUUGGUGAGAGACCUCGCCAAUGUAUACCAGAUGAGGCCCAAAGUUUACCCCUCCUCCGUCAAAGAAACAUUUGUAAACAGAGUCGCCCCACCCCUGUAGCAGUCUCCCCGAGUUCCUCGCAUGCCUUGCGGGGAAGUUUCUCAUUACCGCGCUCCAUACUAGUUGGCUAUUCGGAGAAUUGCGCGAGUCUAACUGGAACUGGAUCGUUUUCCUUUGGAAACUGAAAUAAACUAGAAAAAAGGCCUUCUUGCAUCACUCAGAUGAAAUACCAACUGCAGCUUGCAACAAAUAAUCUCCUGUCAAACUCUCUACUGUGAUUGGCCGGAGUGGAGCCUCCAGGUGUUGGCAGCCAAUGAAAUCUCUCUGUGAUGAGCGUGACCUGAACAGGACUGUGGAUUGGUCCAACCGAGUCAUUGACACCCCUAGACCCUCCCCCUCCUCUUCCCCCUGACAUGAAGGCCGUGGCUCACUGGUCGAGCGAGGAGGUGGUCCAAUGGCUGAGCGACGAGGGCAUGCAGGAGUACACAGACGCACUGCGCCUCCUGGAUGGGCGGGGCUUGCUCCAGCUGUCUCGCGCCAACUUCCUGUCCCCGCCCCUCUCCCUGGUGACGUCAGACGGAGGGAAGCAGCUCAUGGACAGGGUGGAGACCCUCCGCAUCGAGCACCACAUCCAGUCGCACAAGAACGGCCACGCCAACGGCCACGCCCGCCCACACGCGCCCCUCGCCCCGCCCCCGGGCGCCGCCGGGCAGGCUGGCCCCGACGACGGCAAGCCGCAGAGGAACGGCGCCGUCAACGGCUUCCACAAGGGCCGCGUCCUCAUCCAGAUCCCGGCGGCGGGGGCGGGCGAGGCCCUGCGCUCGCCGCUGCCCAGCGAGUGGGGAAAGACGGGCGUGGCGCUGGUGUACGCCAUGAUCUGCUUCGUGUCCACCACGGUGAUGAUCUCGGUGGUCCACGAGCGCGUGCCCCCCAAGGAGGACACCCCGCCCCUGCCUGACAAGUUCUUCGACCUGUUUGGCCGCGUGGAGUGGGCCUUCACCAUCUGCGAGGUCAACGGCAUGCUGCUGGUGGGCCUGUGGCUGCUGCAGCUGCUCCUGCUCAAGUACAGGUCCAUCGUAGGCCGCAGGUUCUUCUUCAUCGUGGGCACCCUCUACCUCUACAGGUGUGUCACCAUGUACAUCACCACCCUGCCUGUGCCUGGCAUGCACUUCAAGUGCUCCCCCAAGCUGUUUGGAGAUAGGCUGUCCCAGAUGCGGAGGGUGAUGCAGAUGAUAGCGGGAGGAGGUCUGACCAUCACAGGGUCUCACCACAUGUGUGGAGACUAUCUCUACAGCGGACACACCGUCAUGCUCACUCUCACCUACCUCUUCAUCCGGGAGUACUCUCCCAAGAGGUUCUGGUGGUACCACUGGAUCUGCUGGGCCCUGUGUGCUGUGGGCCUGUUCUGCAUCCUGCUGGCCCACGACCAUUAUUCCAUAGACGUGGUGGUGGCCUACUACAUCACCACCCGUCUCUUCUGGUGGUACCACACCAUGGCCAACCAGCAGGUUCUGAAGGAGGCGUCGCAGAGCAACUUCCUGGCCAGGGUGUGGUGGUACCGCUUCUUCCUGUACCUGGAGCUCAACGUCCACUGCAUCGUGCCGCGCAACUACCAGCUGCCGCUGUCGUGGCGACAUGCCCACAGGAGCCAGGCCAAGUACAGCAGGCUGGAGACCGAGUGCCCGUGACGGACAGACAGACAGACAGACGGUGGAAUGGAUGGAGGGAUGGAUUCUGACAUGUUGACAGAAGGAAGGGUGGAACGUGUUUCCUGAAUGGCUGACAAACGAGGGCUGACCCAGUGAAAGGGGCUGGGGCCCCUGAGAACAUCUCUCUCCCCCCCCCACCCCCCCCCCCCCCCCCCCCCCCCCCCUCCCCUAAAGUGCCACAAGAACAUCCCCUUUCUACCUGUCCAUCUCUGGAUGGACCCUGCACUCUGGUCCGUCUCCCUUUAAGGUCCCCCUGAAACACAGCCCCUGGUGCCUGGCCAGCAAGGGCCCCUGGUGGCAUCAACAGCUGCUGGACAAGUUCCCCCUGUGAAUAUUCCUCUCAGCCUGACUCUCUCUCCAGCCAAAGCUUCAAAGCAUUUUGAGAGGAUUUCAAAUAGUAUUUGAUAUAGGUGUGACCGCGCCAGAAAGAUGUGCCCAUGUGUGUGUGUGUGUUUGCCAAGUGAACGAGGCGGUGUUACUGUUGCCAAGAUUAACAGCAGCAGGUUUAAGUGAGGGUGAAUGAAAAAGGCGCCCGUUUUCUGGCUGUGGUCACAUGACUCCCAAGUAUCUUACGUCAUCAUAACGAUUAGAAAAUGCAUUGUGCGUAAACAACAAUGUCCUAUGCCUUGUAGGUCCUUAACAUUUUUGUAAUCAUUUUCACUGAACACUGCAGAGCAUUUUCUAAUCGAAAGCAUAUAACAAGUUUAUUUUUUGAACUGUAAAUGCUAAAAGAUUUUUUACAUUUGGGGUCAAAGGAGAUCUGGACGGAUGAAAUGUUUCAGUGCCUUAUUGUCCUGACUGCACAGCUAUGAUGUGUGUUCCAGAAUAUUCCGGUGUGUUCUGGAAUGUUCCGUAAUGUUCUGAAAAUGUUCCUAGUUGCUUUCAGUCCUAUAUUUGUAUGGAUCUGUUUGAAAGCGUCUGUAGAUUGGUACAACAGUAUUGCGAGUUUGAAGGUAAACCGUCGAUGGAAUGUGAUAGAAUGAUGCUAACACACCCGCUGCACAUAGCACAUUUAAACCAGUCUAACUCCAUCUAUGACCCUGUUUAUGAAUGUAACUAAUAGCAUUCUUCUGAAGUAUUCUUUCCCAAUCAGCUACGUUUCGCCAUGACAUUGUCUUGAAUCAUUUCAUUUUGUGUCUCUUGUUUUAUUUAUUAUAUCGAUGCUUUCUUACAUGGUUCCCCUGUGAAGUUAAAAACCUGUAUACUAUCUUGCCUAUGCCAAGAAACUGCAUAGUAUGAGCCUUGGACCAGUUCCAGACUGUGUCUGAGAUGGAGUCCUGUCCCCACCGGGCCUUGUCCAGUAUCACCCUGUAGGACCUUGGCAUGACACCUGAACAGACCUGGGGACAUGAUAGGUGCAAACAGGAGAGACAUCUCCCCUGUAUUCUCCACUUAUGAGCUGAUUGGCAUUUUGUAAUUUCGCUAAUAUCGCCAACCUUAUAUGAUGUAAUAUUCGUAAAAGUGUUUCUGUCAAUAGGGGCCUAGCUAGGGGUUGUCCAGGGUCGUCAUGUAGCCUAUGGGAGAUCAUCUGAAGAUACAUUUGCUUCCUGGUUUGAGGACUGAUCCAAUCACCUCUCUCUCUAUUGUAUGCCUCAGACUUGUCCCCGGUUAAACCACCCGAUAAAAGAAACGCUUGUUGUAACCUUGGAAGAAAUUAUACGAUUGUUGAAAAUAAAUUAUAUUCUGCAAA